CAAACCUGAUAGUCGAUUUACAUUCCUCUCCAAAUCUGCGGACUCGAAUUCCUGGCGCAUAUAAGUCGCUCAGAUCUAAUCUGAUCUCUUGGCUUUAAUUGGAUUGUUAUAACGUCCUUCUCACCCAUCCACAACUCGAACGCGCAUAGUCGCGCCAAACCGCGUCUUCGAAGCCCAUUCCAGCCACUAGACUAUUUUCCAACAAUCGAAAUAACAACCAUCAAGUUGCGCUAUCUGUGUAAAACAUACUUUCGAUUACUACUAAAAGUCGCUAUGUCGCAAGUUCAGAAAAAAAAGCAGGGUUUGUCGCUGGACGAAGAAUCAGCAGCAGGUAGCCCACAAGCGAGCACAAAAGGCAGACCGGCUGGAAAAUCCGUCGCGGGGAAAGGAGCUGUAGGCAAGAGGGCAAGAGAAAGUGCUGUCAGAGGUAAGCUGGGGUUUGUUUUUUCUUUUUGCGAUUGUGUGCUUGCAAGAAAUGCGCGCGCCCGGUUUACAAGGGUUCAAUUCGGAUUUCCGGUCGAGAGAAGGAGGUUGUUCUUAUCAAGCUCAGUAUACUAACACAAUUGACUUGAAUAGCUGGAGAUCCAGUCCCCCAAGGGAAGAAGCGCCGUUAUAAGCCUGGUACUCUAGCCUUGAAGGAAAUUCGCAAAUUUCAAAAGUCCACAGAUCUGCUACUUCUAAAACUUCCCUUCUCAAGAUUGGUACGUAUUUAUACCCAACCGAACAUUGCGGGGCGGGAUCUAAACAUGUCAUGAUUUUAGGUGAGGGAAAUCGCUCUCUCCGUGCGUCCUCAAGGUGAGGGCAUGCGCUGGCAAUCACAAGCUAUUCAAGCACUCCAAGAGUCUGCCGAAGCGUUUCUCGUCCAUCUGUUUGAAGAUACAAAUCUGUGUGCUAUUCAUGCCAAGAGAGUUACAAUUAUGCAGAAGGAUAUACAGCUCGCUAGACGUAUCCGAGGUGCAUGGGGUGGUUUGGGUUGAACUAUGAUAAUUACAUGCUAGAACGCUUUGUAAUUACUUUUGAAUUGCUUCUAAAAUCUUGUCAAAUUAGCUUGUCUGGAUAGGGAAUCCAUUUUCGUUAUAGGGAAGGCGUAUAUGGUUCAUGGCUUGUACAAGUCUGGGUGGAAUUCGAUUUAUAUUAGGAUGUACAGAUAUUGAUAUUCUAUGCUAGGUGAAG